CCUUCCUCAUCCCUCUCUACAGUACGACUGAGCUCAGCCCCUUCGGCUGGAGGCUCGGGUUUAUCUGGAAUCAACGUGAAAGCCAUUCAGGAGCCGCGCGCUGUAAAGUGAAGGAGCGGUCCGUCGCGAAACCUGGGGGAGAGCGAGCGAUAAGGACUGGGAACGGGGUUUGACUUUUUCCGCGUAAACUCGGAUUUGAGGGGCAAGCGGGGAGCCAUGGCUAUGUUCUCAGCUCUCGGGCUGCUUUUGCUGUGCCAGCUUUUGACAUCAUCUACAUCCCAGGUAAGCGGUGGCUUUGGUGCGCCCGUUAUCAAUCCAUGCCUGCUGUUUUCAUCAGCUAACCUGUGUUCGGAGUUGCGGGUAGUAGCUACUUUGUAAGCUGCCUGAUGGAUUUAGAGGCGUUUGAUAACUAACAGGUUCUUCUCAUUCAGUUCCUAAUUUCUGCCUUAGCCUACCCUGUGGGUGUAAAUGUGACAGUCUAAUCCUUCCAUGGUAAUUAGGCUACCUGCAAUGCGGCUACCUGCACUUUUGUUAGGCUAUUUACCAUCCAUUUUGACAUGCACCUUUGACCCAGUUUUAUACAUCGGUGAUAUAUAGACGAUUUAGUUCCUACGUUGUCUUUGUUUUAUAAGGUUGUAGCCUGUAAAAGGUGUCGAUUGAAGCAAUGAGGUCAAAUUGUGCAGAUUAUGCAAACUCCCUAUCCAUUUAUUUAUUUAAUCGUACACGGGUGUCCGUGAAAGACUGUCUUUGCAGUAAUCAUUUUUCAUUUACUUGCACAUUUCUGGAGUCGGGGUUAUGUUUUCCUUGAGGCUGAGGAAUGCAGAGCCUGGAGACCAGUGGCCUGUGCACAAUGACAGCUUUGUUCAUUCAGCCGUGCUCCUGGGAAGCUCUAGGAAAGACCAAAGCUUAUUAGUCCAGCCUGAAAUUAAGUGAACUCUAUUUGUGUGAAUUAUUUGUGAUAUGUUCAUCCUUUUAUUACACUUAAAUUAUGAGUUUGUGACCCCAGGAUAUCUUCGCACUAUCUGUGCGUAAUUCUGCGCAUUGUCGUUUAACGGGUUAUUUGAUUCGCAUGGCUUUGGCACCAUCUAUUUUAUAAUACAUUUGAUUGUUUUUCACAUUCUUACAACGGAAUCAGGGACAUUUAUUUUUACUUUGUUGUAGUUUAUUGUUUAGGAGAUUCAGAGCAAUGCAUUAUAACAUUGCCUACUGAAGCCUGCAAAAUAUGGCCUCUUCUUUUUGUUCUAAAUAAUGAUGCACGAUCAAUUCACACUAUUAUUCGACCACUUUCAAAGCAUUUUAGGCUUUUUUUUUUUGUUGUUGGUGCAAUUGUAUCCUGUCUGUUUUCAUCCUUAAUGCCCACAUUCCUUCCAUGUCCUUUUUGACAGUAGUUAGACAUAAGGAGCUUGAUUUUAGGCCAUUUUAUAGAGAUUCAUAGCAUGAUAAUCCCUGUCUUCCGGGUAUUUUUUUGUAUUGAUUUUUGAGGUAAUGGUUUUGUGUUGCAGAGACCCGGCCCACGAGGAGCAGUCGGACCACCAGGACCCCCGGGACCCAAGGGGAAGGAUGGCACUGAUGUGAGUUAGCCAGACAUGGAGUGUUGUAGUAGAGCAGGGUUUUGCUAUCCAAUUACUGACUUAAGUUGUCAUCAUGGCUGAGGCAAUCAAGAAACAUGUCACAACGAAUUUUAACAUUUACCUAUGUGGAAGGUGUUGUCUCUUUGAUCCUAAUAAUAAUCAAAGUAAUUUUUAAGUUUCUACAAUUUCUUAAGGGAAAAAUAGAAAAAUAUGAGUUUAUCCAAAUCAAAUGGAUUGAAAAUCCAAGUAUGACUGAUAUUCUAUUUCUAAUCAAGGUUGAUCAAGUUGUUUCAAUUUCCCAUCAUUGAUAGUGGUGUUUUAGUAUGGCUCUUGCAGUCAAAUUAUGGUCAAAUGCUCUCUCAUAAUCCAGUUUAUAACAGAUUGACUCCUCCCACUGAGUCAAUGCCCGCCCCCACAGGUAUUUAUUUGGUCAUCAUUAAACACUCCGCACACAGGCCUCCUAUUGGCUAAAGGGCAGCCAAUGACACAUCAGAGCCAAUCAUGACAGAUAUGAGAAAAGCCUUAAAUUGGAACUUAAACCAGACAUCAAGUCUGUACUAUAUGUUAAAGGUGAAAUAGGAUUAUGUGCUUAAAAACAUAAGGCCUAUGUUCUCAAACUUUUACAAUACCUUUAAAUGUUAAUGAGCCGAAACAGAGCUUGCAACUUUACUGAUCUCAUAACAGAAAUUCCAUAUAUUUGAUAUACAUACUGUAUCUUUAUGUCUAUCAAAUCUUUAGAUUUUGGGGAUUGAAACUUGUGUUGCUUUAGUGGAGUAAAGUCAAUUCACCACAGCUUGGAAGACCAGCCAGCCAUACAGAGGACCCAUUCAUUCAUACAUUCCCCAACUCUACGAGAUAAUCUAAAAUUACCCAUCACACCUCCUCCCUCUCCCCCUCCCGUUCCCUACCCCCUGUCGAAACCAACUGGAGGCUUUCAUCAUGUGACCACUCUGCUCCGUCAGGUCCAUUUUAGCACUGUUUAGGGCAGAGAGUAACUACAACCAACUGUGUUAAAGCACUUCAUACACCCAGUCUGUCUAUCACUGUUAGCCAUUCAAUGUAUAGCUCUAGGGUGGGUUUCAUUUCAGUCGUGUUUUGAUUUACCUUUUAUUAGAACAAAAAUGUCCAGAAGGACGUCCAUAUUUCACAGCUUUCUGCUGAGAUGUAUUAGUCUUUAAACACACACAGUAAUCGAGUGACAUUUGUGACUGGAUUUGUAUUAACAGACAACUUAUGUUCAAAAUCUGUCAGACUGAAAUCAAAAGGCAGAUGCCUCUUAGACGUGUCCUUUUGGAAUCUUAUGUUGUUUCUUUUAAUUGACAGGGCAAAGACGGCCCUGCUGGACUUUCAGGGAAAGCUGUGAGUAUAACAACUGAACAGAGCCUUUUACAACGACGGAUCAACAACCCAAUUGUUUAGGGUGUGUGAUUGUUAUAACACCGAGCUGUCCCAAUGUUUCAGGGACCCAAGGGGAAAGCAGGGGUAGCAGGAGGACCAGGGAACCCAGGCCUGCCCGGCCUCCCGGGGGUGGACGUAAGUGACCCGUAGAAACUCAAAAACACACAUACACACUGGUCCUGUUGUUGAUGCGUAAAAUAUUGCCUGAAUUGCUGUAGAACUCAGUUGCUGUAGAACCUAUUAGAUAUACAGUAGUUUGAGGCUAUUGAUCUCAAGCUGUAGUCCUUGACACUUGCUUAGACCACUUCCCGGUAUUCAAUGUAUCUCAUCGUAUAAUUAACUACCUGGAGUCGACUGAUUUGGACUGAACCGACAUUUACCUGCAUUCAUGCAUACAGAGCGAGUAACCUGUCCUCUAGAACAAGUAUGAACAAUUGGCUCAUAGCUACCUCUUGUUAGAGAACUUGAUAAGAACAUUAUAUGUCUGCCAUCUAUCUAAACAGUUGAAUUGAGCAAUUUACACAUAAGAAAUAGCACAAUAUAAUGUCUAAUAAUGUUUUCAUGAUGUUGUGAUUCUUCCUCAGGGAUUGACAGGUGCUGAUGGGCCUGCAGGGAAAGACGGUCCUCCGGGGGAGGUGGUAAGUGAAGUGCCUCUCAAUCUCCCAGGGUUCCUGACUGUUUGCCUCUGGAUGUGCCCCAUUUACUUUAAUGACCUCAACUGAAGACUGCCCCUUUGGCCUCAUCAAUCACCCACUAAAACACACAUACUCACACAUAUAUAUAUACACACACACACACACACACAGGUACACACAGGCACACACACACACAGAUACAGUAGGUACAGAGUGACAAAGUCAAUAACCAUUCGAGGUGCUUCAGUUUGCUCAAUUUAUGAAAACACAUACAGAAAGCUGGUGUUGUGACCUUAGCAUGACCUUGGACUGAGGAAGGUACCAUUCAUUCCUCUAUGUAUCAUUACUGUAUGACCCUUCAGAAUAGAGAGAAAGGGGGUUAGUUACAGUGAGCUUCUUGGAGAGACCUUGGUGGGCUAAAGCUGGUACCUACUCAGGCCUCCGUUUUCUCCCUAUCGGGACGGAUUUGUCGAACAGGCUCUGGCCCUUUGUGGGAAUGUUUUUAAUGAGAGAUUGGGUGAUUCUGAGUCGGAUUUAUCUUGCGCUGCUUCCCUAAUCCCACCCGGAAUGCUCACAGCUUCCCACCAAACAGGCCCAGACUGUAGGAAAUAGAGGGAUCUGCAGCUUGGAUGCUGGAGGAAAAAAUAAAUACUGUUUCCUCCGAGGAAGGCAUGAAAGCACUACAGCGCCGGAGAGCCUAAUAAUGUUAUCUAGCACCACAGGACUGGAUAUGAAGUGUUGGGAGUCAUGCAUUAAAUAUUAGGUAUAAAAGGGUGUUAAAAAGGUCCUGUGAUCACAAAUUGAAGGGUGUAAAUGGGUCAAGGUGGAGGCAGCCCUCUGCACUUCAACUAAUUAGUCCCACUAAUCAGGAAGUGAGUGUUUACCUGACUGCCUAAUUACCUGGAUUAAAUGUGCCAUGCUGCAAUUGGCUUAAAACCUGUCCAAUAUUUCCUGGCUAACAUUCAUGUACUAAUGGGAUGAAGGUUGACAAGCUUGGGCGUUCUCUCCCUCCCCCUGAGGAAUAUGGACUGAAGCUGUUUUCAGAGAAAAACUCUGUUUCCCUGUCAAGACAUAUCGACCACCUCCCCAAAACAUUCACCAGAUAAUGAGAUGCACCAAUGCUCUUUGAUACCCAUACGCAGCGUCUUUACUGCUGAGAGUAGGGAAGGAUACUGUAUAUUUUCACUGUUCAAUCCAAGUAGUUCAUGUGCGCUUCCAUUGUAGCAGUGAAGACUUCAGUCUCACUUUGCACAAGGGUUAGUGUAGUUUCAUGGACCUUAGUUCAAAUCAAGCAGAGAAUAUUAGAGAUACUGAGAAUAACAGUAGAGAGAGGAAAAGGGAAAACUAACCACCACACAUUCCAUACAUCACAGGAGACAUGCAGGCGUGUGGCUGUAUGUCUGUGUGUGCAUAUGUUUGCAGAUGCGUGAGUGAUGUGACUAUACGUGUGUGCAUGUAUGUGUGUGAGUGUGUGCAAGGGUUUUACUGUGUGUGUGUGUUAGUGUGUGCAGUUGUUCACCAUUCUACACUCAUCCAAUGAAAAGUCAGCGGACACAGGGUGGAAUGCAGUGUGGGUUGCCGUGACACCACUGUGUUAAGACUGAUUGUGAGUCUUAUUCUUCCUCACACCACACAGACACUCCAAACACAGCUGAGAUCCAAUGGGGUGGGGUUGGGGAGGACAGAGGAGGGGUCAAGGGGAAACAGAGAGGAAACAGGGAGGAGGGAAUGAAAGAGUGGCAAGGAAAAGCAAAAUAAAAGAAAAUAAGGAAAGCAUGGGAUGGGGUAGGGGUGGUCCAUCUUUAUUAGGCUCUUGCUGUGGGUCAUAUGAGUGUCACUGCAGAACAGGGUCUGUUGUUUCCAUUUGUAACGUCUUUAUAAUAAUGUAAUAAUUGUAAUUGUUUCCCACCUAUUUGGACCAAGGCAGUUGCUCUAGUUUUAGCUCACUGAUACAUGAAUCAAUGCUGACACGUCAUCCCCUCCCAAAGUUCUCGAAAACACAGUUUUGGCAUAAGAACAUGGAAAUAAUGUUUUAGGUUUUUUACCUAGUUCCCACCUAGUCUCAUGUUUAAUUGUAUCUGUUGAAGUCGUCUGAGGGGUUGUGUGUCUGUGUCUCUACAGGGCGAUGCUGGACCUCCCGGGCCAGGUGGACCUCCUGUAAGUACUGUUACAUCUUCCACCUCUGUUACAUGCCAUCAACAUCACCUAUAUCACAACACCCCCUCACCUGUCCACAUUCAUAACCUCUAUUACACCCCCUCAACUGUCUAUAGCUAAACCCAUAUAUGGCCUAGAGUGUUUCAGGUCACAUGGUCAAGAAACAUGCUGGGCCCUUCCUACAAGACACACACCGAUAUGCCCAGUUAUAACUGGGAGUGUACACAAACUGAUGGGUAUGUAUGUCUUAAUAUGCCUUCCCCUGUCUUCCGUAGGGCAGAGGGAGACCAGGAGCUCCAGUGAGUAGAGAUGAUUAUAAACACUUUUCUUGUAUGUGUUUGUGCGUAGAUCUUUUUGCAUGUAGAUGUGUUUUAUUAUACAUUUAUGUGUGUGUGUGUGUGCGUACGUACGUGAAUGCUUGCGUGUGUGCGUGCAUGUGUGUGUGUGUGCGUGUGCGCUCACCCAACCCAUUUCUAUUGUUUCCAGGGGCCACCAGGAGCCAAUGGGCUUGCGGGCGGAAUCGGGCCACAGGGACCAGCGGUGAGUGUUAAGACCAAUUAAUGAAUCAAUCCCAAUUAAGAAAUAUGUACAACAGACAAAACAGGGAAAUAUACACUUAACCAGUUGUGUAAUACACUCUUUGACUGCCACUACUGGAUAUCUAGUGGACUCACUGCUAAUUCAUGAUUAGGUAAUCAAGUUGGCGAGUUAACUGUUUAACUACUGAAUGACAAAAAGUCUGCAGUACCAGAAGCAGUAUCACUCCAGGACCAAGGCUAAAGACCUCUGACAGACAGACAUGUCUCUUCAGUCCAAUCCUUUUUAAAUUAACCUCUGCUAGAAUCAAGCAUCAAUUACUGUUUACAGUAGUCAAGUGGGAGAAUCAGAACGUCCAUGAGCGGAGGGGGUCCUGUUAGUGGGCUACCCCAGCGUAAGGUCUCAUCUCUGUGGAGUGGAGUGGGGGGAGGCCCCUGGAGAGAGAACCAGAACUGAUUGGAGUGAUCAUGAUUUCAGUUGAGCUUCUUAUCGGAGACGCUGACCAGGGGUGCAGCAAGGAAGAGUCAGCUUUGAUUUUAGUUUAACAUGAUGAGGGUAGGGGCAAUGUGACUCUAUGCACUGAUUUUGUACAGUUUAUAUGCAAAUGAAUCCUGUUUAUUGACCUGUGUGUUCUUCUCUCUCUCUCUCCCAGGGCCCUGAGGGUCUUCCAGGAUUGGCUGGGCCUCCCGGCCCUGAUGGACCACCAGUAAGUACAGCACAUCUACAUUAUCUGCUGAUUCUUCACAUUAGUGAAAUCUCUCAUUGUCAUUGUUUUUGCUGCCAUCAGUCAGUGCAUCUACGUACUGCCACCUAGUGGAUUUCUAGAGUAUAACUGCAGUUUUCACAAGGAAUGGAGAUGCAUGGCCUCAGAUGUGGGGUGAAGAAAUGCUUAAAGAAAGAAAGAUGGAAAUGUUACUCAUUCAAUUAUAUAUCAAUCUAGACUUCAUUCUCUACCUUUCUAAGGGUCUUCCUGGGGCUCUCCCUGAUGGCAGUGGAGAUCUGUUGGUAAGUGUCAGGAUGUUUUUUAGACCCAACACAUUUAAGGACAUGAAUCCUGUACUGUACUGAUUGCUAUGCACAACAUUGAACAGCAGUAUGACAUUAUUUUUACUACAUGCCUUUACCUAAUGCAGUGUUGUCUGUCCCCUUUAUAGUGUCCUGCCAUCUGUCCUCCUGGUCCCUCCGGCCCUCCAGGAAUGCCUGGGUUCAAGGUGGGUACAGGACAUUGUUGCCACAGAUAAAACAAUGAGACAGAUAUUUCACCGGAUGUAUAAAUGUGAAGCAUCCGGUUGGUGUUUCCACUCACUACCAAAUAUGGUGGUGAGAGGAAGCCCAGCGGCCGGCAGUGGGAGAAGAUGGAGCGAGAUGGAUUUUGGCCGACAUUCUGCUAAUUUUCUCAUCGAUGAAACAUUUGAUCUCAAUACAGUUGUCUGUUUCCAAAGCUAUAAUUUGUUACGAACAGAGUGGACUAAGUUUAGUAGAAUUUACCCUUUGCCAAAGUUUUAAAAAACUGCGUGUUUAGAAGGAGUGCAAAGGGCGAAUUGAGUUAUUGCACAUGCUCACUUCACAGAGUAGGCGUUCCCUAAUGGAAAUAUACAAAUACAUGCUGCAAUGAGCCAAUAAGCUCUCGCUAGCUCAUUUUACAUUUUUUUACAUUUUUAGUCAUUUAGCAGACGCUCUUAUCCAGAGCGACUUACAUGAGCAAUUAGGGUUAAGUGCCUUGCUCAAGGGCACAUCGACAGAUUUUUCACCUAGUCGGCUCGGGGAUUAGAACCAGCGACCUUUCAGUUACUGGCACAACGCUCUUAACCACUAAGCUACCUGCCGCCACAUGUAUGUGGAACUUGUUCAGUUUAUGUCUCAGUUGUUGAAUCUUGUUAUGGUCAUACAAAUAUUUACACAUGUUAAGUUUGCUGAGAAUAAACGCGGUUGACAGUGAGCGGACGUUUCUUUUUUUUGCUGAGUUGAGUUCAUUGGCUUGCAUUGAAACAGAAAAAAUGAAGGAGUGGGAUGUCUCACUUCCGUCUCGGGGUAUAGAUUAAUGCACCUUAUAGAAAGGAUAUAUGAUAAGGGGCCCGUUAUGUGAUUUGGUUGCUGUCGUGACAAAGAGCCUCACUCUCCUCUCAAUAAUUAAUGAUAUUGAAGCAAGUACAUCAUAGUCCUUUAAUAUUACAGGCCCAGCACUGGAACAGUGCUGACGUCAAUGGAGAUUAUAAUGGGGUGACUCAUAUGUGUUGCUGAGCUCAUGCUUGGCUCUUCCCACCUCCUUGCUUGUUCUGCCUACUAUGAUUAAUUUGCUCCCAUUGGAAAUGAAAGGAUGUGGUCUAUCUUGGGUUAGUUAUAAAAAAUAUUUGUUGUCACUCUACCUCACUUAUUGUGACUUCUUAAGCUCUGAAAUGUGUGCUCUUCAAAUGGCCGCUUCCCCCAGGAACAUGACAGCAAAACUAACUGUUGUAUCUCUCCCUCUCCCAUUCUCAUCAUCUACCCCUCUUUGUCUUUCUCUAUAUAUCUCAUCAUCCAUUUCUAAAUAUGUAUCCCUUGCUUCUUCUGUCUGUCUUUCCUUUAAUACUUCUCUCUCUAUAUAUAUAUCUUUAUUUAGGGUCACACAGGGCACAAAGGAGAUAAGGGAGAGCUCGGGAAAGACGGAGAGAAGGUGAGAUCAAUCAGAGUUGAAAGAGUGAAAAUCAGAGUAUUUGACUAGUCUGAAGUCUUUAUCCAGAUGUUAACUAUGUGUUGUUAACUGUGUGUCGUGUCCUCUCUCCCAGGGUAAUGCUGGCCCACCUGGUCCUCCAGGGAUUCCCGGCACUGUCGGCCUGCAGGUGAGUUUUGUCACCUAAUGUGGCUCAAAACACAGACAUUUCUAUCUGUUGGCUGUAUGUUUACAUUGUCCAUUCCUUUCUGCCUGAGCCCUGAUGUGUGAAUGCUAUGCAGUGUUGAUUGUUCUGAUAGGUUCUGAUGGUGGUUCUGAUUGAUUCUGCUGGUCCCUAACCAUCUUGUGGUGUUGUUUCCCAGGGUCCUCGUGGUUUGAGGGGACUUCAGGGCCCAAUGGGGGCAGUAGGAGACAGGGUGAGUACCACGCCUCUGAAGGUCUUUGUCACAGACCUCUGUCAUCUGUCUGAAAUUUACAGACCAGCACUUCAAUGAGCUGCAGUGUAAACUCAAUUUUCCUGAUUAUAAUGCAUUAUCUCUCGUUCUCUCUCUCUCUCUCUUUUUAGGGUUUACCAGGUUUCCGAGGCAAACCUGGUACUGCUGGCGUCAUCGGCAAGACAGUGAGUCUCUCCUUGUUUGUACUGUCUGUUGAGGAGUAUAUAACUCGUACUACACAAGUUACACACUCCUCACUUUGGUGUUGGUCUUUAUGUAAUUGUGUUAGGUGUCUACCAUUGGUCCCAUCAAUAAAAAGCUCUGUGUGUGUCAUUUGAUAAUUCCAGGGUGAUGCUGGAGAGAAAGGACCAGAGGGAUUUAGAGGGCCAAAGGGAGAGAUUGUGAGUAAAUAAUACACACAUACAUUUUUGUAUUGAUAUUUGCAUGUCUGAUUGAACAUCAUCUUUACAGAUAACUCUAAUUUCUAAUCAAACAGCAGACUAAACAGUCAUAUGAUGAUAAAUGGUGUGGGUACAAGGGAUUGUAAAUGAUCUAAUGUUGUGCUACAAACAGUUAAUUGCAGGUACUGUAACAUUGUUUCUUAUCAUUUCUCAACAGGGCAAAAUUGGUCCAAAGGGAGUUCCUGGCGGAGCAGGACCCAAAGGGGAGCCUGUAAGUCUUCAAAUACAAAUCUCUAAUGACAACAGAUAUCUCGGACCCCUGACCAACAGUGUUUCUCUCUCCCGCAGGGCAUCCCUGGCAGAGACGGGAAAGAUGGCACCCAGGGACUGGAUGGCGAGAAGGUAAAGUGGCACCCUUUUCUCCCAACAUGCUCUCUGCUCUGUUUCCCAUGAGCCCACAGUGAGGGUGUGGCUGAUUUGUUUGACCUUUAUUUUACCAGGUUAGUCUCAUUGAGAUUAUCAAUCUCUUUUACAAGAGAGACCUGGACAAAAUAGCAGCACACAAAGUUGCAGACACAUUUACAACAUAAAGCACUAGAGUUAAAAAAAACAUAAAUGUACACAGCAAGAUGGUUUGGGAAAGUGUGGUGCAUCUACAGAUGUAGGAUCUUAAUUUGAUCCAGUUUGCUACAGCAGGACGAUAACCCCGCAGCAUUUUUACAUUUACAUCAUUUAGCAGACGCUCUUAUCCAGAGCGACUUACAAAUUGGUGCAUUCAAGUUAUGAUAGCCAGUGGGACAACCACCUUUUUUUAUUUCUAUUUAUUUUUUAUUUAAUUUUUUUAUGGGGGGAGUAGAAUGAUUACUUUAUACUAUUCCAGGUAUUCCUUAAAGAGGUAGGGUUUCAAGUGUCUCCGGAAGGUGGUCAGUGACUCCGCUGUCCUGGCGUCGUGGGGGAGCUUGUUCCACCAUUGGGGUGCCAGAGCAGCAAAUAGCUUUGACUGGGCUGAGCGAGAACUGUGCUUUCGUAGAGGUAGGGGAGCUAGCAGGCCAGAGGUGGAUGAACGUAGUGCCCUCGUUUGGGUGUAGGGUCUGAUCAGAGCCUGAAGGUAAAGAGGUGCCGUUCCCCUCACAGCUCCGUAGGCAAGCACCAUGGUCUUCCUCCCAGGGAAGGACUGCCCACUCCAUGAUCUCGCCAUCACGGUUGACAACUCCAUUGUGUCCUCCUCCCAGAGUGCAUUUUAAUUAUUAUGUGGAUUAUAAUGAAUGGAUUUUUAUUUUAUACUCCCUUUUUCUCCCCAAUUUUCCGAUCUUGUCUAAUCGCUGCAACUCCCCAACGGGCUCAGGAGAGGCGAAGGUCGAGUCAUGCAUCCUCCGAAACAUGACCCGCCAAACCGCGCUUCUUAACACCCGCCCGCUUAACCUGGAAGCCAGAUGCACCAAUGUGUCGGAGGAAACACCGUUCAACUGACGACCGAAGUCAGCCUGCAGGUGCCUGGCCCGCCACAAGGAGUCGCUAGAGCAUGAUGAGCCAAGUAAAGCCCUCCCGGCCAAACCUCCCCUAAACUGGACGAUGCUGUGCCAAUUGUGCGCCGCCUCAUGGGUCUCCCAGUCGCGGCCGGCUGCGACACAACCUGGGAUCGAACCCGGGUCUGUAGUGACGCCUCUAGCACUGCGAUGCAGUGCCUUAGACCACUGCGCCACUCGGGAGGCUCUCCAUCAUAAUGUUUAACCUACUGUAGCGUUAAACUCAUGUAAAGGGACAAGCUCCUGUAAUUUCAGGAUCUUUUGAAGCUCGUUCCAAGUGGAACGGGCAGAGAACUGGAAAGCUUUUUUCCCCUAGUUCUGUACGGGCCUUAGGAACAAUCAACAAAACACAGUCAUGUGAGCGCAGGCGGUAGUUUUACUUUGUCUGCUGGAUAAUGUAGUUACACAAGUAAAAUGGGAGCAAAAUGGGAGCUAUCUCACAUUUUUGAUGUCAUAGUGACAGUGUUUCUCUGCGUUGCCAGGGCGAUGCUGGACGGAAUGGGGUACCCGGUGAGAAAGGACCCAACGGCCUUCCUGUGAGUAUCGAGCAUGACAUUAUCUAGCGUCCCACUGUGUAGAGUUAGUCCCACUGUACCCUCUUACUGGGAGAUGCCCUUAUAAACUCUGAUUCUCUUACACACUCUAAUGACUACAUAGACAGAGAUGCUGUCCAUUUUGUAAGGAGCCUCUGUACUCUGUAUGGAUUUCCAUUUCAAAUAGACCUAUAGACAUUCUCACAUCUCAAAUAGACAACAGUUAGUACCUCUAUGCUCUGCAGUAAAGAACACAGUAUAGAUUUAAUUACAGUCCACUCUGUCCUAACUAGCCAUUAACUCUGUCUCCCACAGUGUGUUAACCAGUCCCUAGUCCCAUGGCAUCAUAUUGCUACUGUGGACACUACUCUAGAGUCAUGUUUCUAUGUCUGUGUUUCAGGGUUUACAAGGAAAGGCUGGCGCAAAGGGCGCAAAAGGAGGAGUUGUGAGUAUGACAACAAUGCAUAACUAAGUCAUGAAGACAGUGAUUUCAUAAAGACAGGGAUAUUAUGUAUACAAUGAGGCUAUAAAGAGAAGGAUAUCAUAGUUAUCACAGAGCGAUUUCACAAUCAGUGGGUGUCAAACAGGCAACACAAACACCUAGAAUUACCUAAUAAUGUCCAUUAGACCACACUGUGACAGCUAUGAAUAAACAGUGAUGUCAGAAAGACUGUGGCACAGCAUACAGACAGUGAUGUCAUAUGGCCAAUGAUGUCAUAUGCACAUAAUCCAGAUAGGCAUGUCAUAAAGACUCAUAGCAGUAAUGUCAUACAGGUGUGUCAUAUCAUUGGUCAUUUCAUGUCAGAAACUUUUAGUGAUGUCAUAAAGCCAGUGAUUUCACAAUGAUAUUGUGUAAUGAAAGGAUGGAAUCAUACAGCUAAUGAUGUCACAACUGAUAUCAUAGGAUCAGAGAAACAGCCAGUGAUGUUAUAAUCAGUGAUAUCAUAAAUGUGUACAGUGAUGUCAUACAGCCAGUGAUGUCACAAAUUGUAUCAUACAAUCAAGAUAAACAAUACAGCCAGUGAUGUCACAAAUUCUGAGAUGUCACAACUGAUAUCGCACAAUUUAGAGAAACCAUACAGACAGUGAUGUCACAAAUUACAUCACACUUUCAGGGAAAAUAUAUAGACAGUGAUGUCACAAAUGACAUCGUACAAUGGCAGUGAAGAUAAGCCACCACAUAACCAUUCCCCUUUUCUUCCCAGGGUGACCCAGGAGAGAUGGGAGAGGCAGGGCCGUCUGGAGAGCCAGGUAUUCCUGUAUGUAUCUGAUGGGCUUCUGGGGCACUUGUGGGCUGCAGUGGGGUAUUUCAGGGGUUUCUGUGUUGUUGGUCAUUUUGUUACAAUGCAGUCAUGGUGUGUCAGCUCCUCUCACCUGCCUGCACCAUCAUCUGACUCCUCCCACAGGGUGACAUUGGUAUCCCAGGAGAGAGGGGCGAGGCGGGACCCAGAGGAGUGGCUGUAAGUAGUCCAGGUUAAAGUUCAAUACCGUAUCUAUGGAAACAUGGCAGCAUCCACCUGUUAAAAGAUGGCAGUGGGUAGAGUGGAGCCAUAUACCAAUCAGAAUAGUAGUCAACAUAGCAGAAGAAAAUGUUCUUCUUGACCAUUAGAACGUAUUGGUUAAAACAGACUCCUGGUAACAAAAAUCAGUUGUUUCAUAUCUUCAUGGGGCUAUAUAUGAAUAUAUGAUGAUUGAGAGAGGAUAAGGAUGAAAACCUCCACUUAUUAGUUAAAUGAUAAAACACAAUAGUUUGUGAUUAACUAGGAGACUGUUGCAUAGUAACGUACAACAUGUUCUUACACCCAUAGGAAAAUGUAGUCCCAUACCUCCCCCCAGCAAUAUUAUAUGGAAAGUACCUAUCUAUAUUCACUCUAUAUACAGCUAUUCUCCUCCAGUGAGAUGGAGGCAGUAGGGAAGACAGGAAUGUAUGAAAUAGGGAUAAUGAAAGAGGGUCAGAGAGACAGAGGGGUCUUUGUCUUUGGUUCCCCAUCAGAACCCUAGAGAGGGAAUGCAGGAUACCAUCUUGGUUCUAAAGCCAGGUGGCACUUCCCCAUCACAGCUGGGUGCUGUGUCAAUUUCAAAGCAUUCCUCAGAUAAGACAUAACUCAAACACAAGUGAUUUUAUCAAGUUCUAUACAAACAAUGACUCUUGUGACUCUCAUCACACACAACCGCAAUAUCCUCCUCUUUCAAAGUUAUAAACACAAUCUGUCCUGCUUUAUUGCAGUCUCAUAAAGGUAAGGUUCGAAUAACAGAUACUAUUGGUUGAGGGAAGGCAGGUCUAUGUGUCACAAGUCAAAGGUCAGGCUGAGAUUUACUUCCUGUGUCUUUAGGCCGUCAUGUACUUCCUAUUGUGCUAACAUGAUGUGUGUUUCCCAGGGGGGCGUCGGACCAGUGGGCAACAUCGGGGUUCAGGGCAGCAAAGGCUUCCAGGUCAGUGGCAUGAUAGGAUACGGAAUGAGGUGUCCCACCAAAUAUCCAUUUAAUGAUUGAGUGUUGGAGUGUUCUGAUGGUGUCUAUGUCAUGUUCAACAGGGAAUAAAGGGGGCUCUGGGGGACCCUGGCCUUCCUGGACCAACCGGAAUCCGCGGCGGAUUUGGUGAGAGGGUGAGUGUGACCCCUAGCAGAAUGCUUGCUGGCCAAAGACCUCUCUGAAGUGACCAACAGUGGUGUCCACCCCAGGAAUUUGAACCGUUCACCAUAUGGUUCCAAGCCCAAGCAUCCCUAUCCACUAAACUGAUGUCCUUGUGUGAAUAAACAAGGCCUUUUAUUUGUAGCUAUGCCUUUUAAGACAGAUUAGAACUCUUGACCAACUGACCCAAUAUUGGCUUGAGUUAAAGAGUCCAUCUUCUGGAGACAUUUCUGUCAAUGAAAAUCCCUUCACUAGAGGAGAGCCUUUUAACACACGACCUGACCAACACACACACACACACACAGAGAACAUGUUAGGGUACGAUUGUUAAGGCUGCAUUUACACACAAACACCAACUGGACUUUGAAAGACAAAAAUGUCCCCCAGAUGGCAUUCCCCCAGCAGUCCUAGUGCAAUGCCUACAUUAAUUUUUACACAGAAUCACACACUGCAGCGUGCGCUUACACACAAACGUACACAUAGCUCCUCCUGCCAGACCCAUUAAGAUCCGAGCAGUGUGUGCUCAUAACCUGGGCAGUGUGGGCUCACUCAGAAUCAGAAUCAGAACAUUAUUAUAGGGUGGAGCCUUGGCAGUGUGUAUUCAUACUGUAUCCAGGUAACAAAGCAGCCUCCUGUUCAGGAGCCGAUGGCAGAACAAAGCCUGGCUUUAUCCAGCUCCUGGGCUGCCCCUCUCCACAACCCACCACACCUCCAUCCCUCCCUCCAUUUCACUCCGCACACACAGCCUGCCAUCUAUGGAGCCAUGCGCUCUGCUACUGGUCUUCACAACCACUGGCUCUAUUUUAUUAACCGUUUUUCUCUCUCUCCUCACUCUCUCGUUCCAUUUCUCUCACAGGGUCCAGUCGGAGCAUCAGGCCCUAAAGGAGACAUGGUAAGUACAUACACUAGUAGCUCCUUACAUUUGGGGUCAAAGGUCAAAUUAAGAUAAAAUCUUAGUAACCCCCUGCCUACUGUCUUCAUUCAGCAAUCAGUUUGCACAUGGGGAUGUCCUGUCUCUUAAAGGGUUCAGAGAGAAUAUUGUCAAAGAGAUAAUGGGAAAGGUUAUGGAGCUGGGGAUAUGGGUUUAUGGGCUCAUUAUGGAAGAUAAUGUGGUAGUAUAUUUGACUUUUGUAGGCACAUAACAAUACAUGGACAUUAUAUUUUCUAUGGAAGCUCCCAUGCACACGCAAUUAUUGUUAUUCAAAAAUUCACUCAGGCUUCUUUUGUUUUCUGUUCAGGGCGUGGCAGGAGCUGAUGGUUUGCCCGGGGAGAAUGGAGAACCUGUAAGUUAUCUUUCAUAUUUUAAAUUCAGUCAAAUUAAUAUACAUCCAAUCAACAUGAAAAUGUGUAUGUCAUCCAAUUUCCUUUGUCUUAUUAGUCAACAAUCUUUUGCUCGUUCUCAGGGUCAAUUUGGUCCAGUUGGCCAAAAAGGAGAGGUGAGUUAUCUCUUCAUCUUCAUCCAAACUGUGGAGUAUAUCCUUGCCAGUGUUGAAUGUAUGUUCGUCAACCACAAAAUGUAUAGGUCCUAGUUCCCAACUCUCUACAUUGACACAUAUUUUACUGACAGGUUUGUCUCUCUAAUACUGUAGAUAACAACCAAAAACAUUGUGAUCACAUUCACUGUUAGGAGUACAGCCAAAACCCUACUUAGUUGGGCUUACUACACCAGUCUAUCAUUGUCCUUGUCUCAUUAUCUUACAUAACAUCUUUAGCUGCUCUUUCCCUUAUUAUUGCCUCUCUCCCAUCUAUCUUUUCCCUCUGAUGUGUUGCCAGUGUGUUGCUACUAAGUGCUGGUACCCAGGCCAGACUGCAACACACUAACUCAUUGCACAGGAUCCUCCCAGCUCACAUUCUAGGAUUAGCUGGAUUAAUUAGCUUGCUGUACGGUUGCUUUAGUGUUAUUUGCCCACUCUCUGCCAUCCCUACAGAGAAGGGAGCCACGCUAAGCUGCAGCACAGUUUGCCUUACAAUUAAUGUAAUUACAGCCAAGGUGCUGAUGUGGCUCACUAACUCUCCCUGAUGCUAGCUAGCUAUAGUAACUCUGACACUUAGGAGCUAUUGUUGUGUUCAUUAGAUUAAUUAUCAAGUGAGACAACGCCUCAUGGGACUGCACAACUUUAUUUAUUAUUGUGAGGGGAAAUGGCCAGGCCUACAGUUUUUACUUUAUAGAAAGUCUUUGACAAGUCAGGUAGUUUCUUUUUCCGGGGUCACCUAGAAUGAUCUGCUAAACCAGCUCUGAGGCGAAGGCAAGAAAUGAGCUGUCUGAUUCCCUCAGAUCAAGAUGUUGGAGAAGUUCAACGUUUUUCCACAGAGUGCAAUAGACCAACACUUUCAUCCCUCACAACUGACCAUCUCCACUGACUUUCACACUCUUUGACAUUUACUGAGUGAACACAAGAGCUGUAGAUUGGAUUUUUGAUUGUGUUUACAGUCUGGGAAGCGUGGAGAGCUGGGACCCAAAGGUGUGGUGGGACCACAGGGAGAGCUCGGAGCCAGAGGGGUUCCUGGGAAACCAGGCCUAAUGGGCUUCCAGGGUGAACAGGGUCUGCCUGGAAUCGCUGGCAAGAUUGGUGUUCCCGUGAGUAACCAGGGAUAAGGCUCUACUUCGAUCCCUGUAAACUUGGCACCCUUGCGUCAAGAAUGCCUCAGAUUGACAACACCUGCUGAAUGAAAUGUCUGUCUUUUCUGCCUCUGUUUUCAGGGUAAACUGGCAAGCGAACAGCACAUCAGAGAAUUGUGUGGAUCUAUGAUUGAUGGUGAGGAUUUUGGAGAUCAAACGGGCUGUAGGGUGUAGUGUCCUUGUCUAAAUGACCAAAAAGGGCCAUUAGCUCCUUUUUUACAAGAAUGUGUUUGCAAAUGUCUCUUCCUCUGUCCUUUCUCUCUCAGAUCAGAUUGCACAGCUGGCUGCCAACCUCAGAAGGCCCCUGUCCCCUGGCCAAGUGGGUCGCCCCGGUGCUGCCGGACCUCCAGGGAAGCCAGGAGAGACUGGGUCUAUCGGUCACCCCGGCUCCCGUGGACCUCCUGGCUACAGAGGACUGCCUGGAUACCUGGGAGACCCCGGUCCCAGAGGUAAGUAACAGGAGAUACACAGGUCCAUGUCAAGAAACAUACUCGAAAUGUCUGCCUUUCUGAUCAGCACAGAGCAAUGGACUUUGCAGCAUAGAACAUACUGUACGUCUCAUAAGAAGUGUACAGAUAAGUGUGACCAUCUCUAUGUUGGGCCUAUUGCACAAUUGGUAGUGCCAAUAGACUGCCUUCUUUCAGUAACAUUGUUUUCUGUCUCUUCCACAGGUGAUCUUGGUGAACAGGGUGACAAGGGACCCAUCGGAAAGGCCAUCGAAGGGCCCAUUGGAGACCAAGGAUACCAAGGUAUGACAGUUUAUACACUGUGCAUUCACAGUGAGAGGGGUUUGGGCUAGAAUGAUAAAAGUUCAAGGGUAGCCAAGUGGAGUUGCAUCAGUAUACUGUCUCUGCCAGUGUAUAAACCCUUUUUUGUGGGACACCUGAGCCUAUAUUGGAGAGAGUAGUGCCGGUUUCCCUGUGUUUAAAUCAGUGUAUCCCUGUUGGGAGACUUGGCUCAUUCCCUGCAUUCUGUUUCUGUACCCAUAGGUAUCCCAGGAGUGCUUGGAAUCGUCAAAGACGGGCGUGACGGAUCCCCAGGAGAUCCAGGUGAGCCCGGAGAGGCAGGUAGGACAGGAAGGACCGGGCACUCGGGCUCCCCAGGAAUCUGUGACACUACCGCCUGCCAGGGGGCAAAUGUCCAUGGGAAAACCUCCAAUCCCAAGAACCAUUAAACAUUACUUCCCUCAUCCUGGAACCAGCCACCCCGGGAGGAGAAAAAGAGAAGGAGAGGAGAGAGACGAGUCACAAUUUCCUCUUGAAUGUAUUUAAAACAAGACGGGAACAGUAACAACAGAUGUGAGAUUUACUUUGAGAGGAAGAGAACAUCCCAAGAGGAAAACAGCAGUUUGGGAAAACAGAGACAAAAAUCUAGACUCCAUCCAUCUAUGAAGUGGACAAAGCUGAUUAAACAUUUCACAAGAGCGCUAGAGAACACCUGCAAUCGCUCCAAAUACCAUUGAAAGUAAAUUACAAUUUAAUAAAAAAACUGAAAAAUAACUUUACUGGAAAAGUGCUUAUAGGCCAUUAUUUUUCAAAACCAUUUAUUUGUGUAAAGAUAUGUACUUGAGUUGUUUCACCCCCUUACCAUCUUGCUUCACAUACCCCUGUCUGGAAGGUAAUUAUCCAAAACACUACAACUGUGAUUGUCCUUGCAGUGAAUGUGCAUGUGUCAAGGUCCUUUCUGCUUAGACCCGGGUGUUACCUCACAAGACAAGCUUACUUAAAAUAAGAAGAUAUGUGCCGAUGAGCAAAAUGAAGUCUCUGCCAAGGCGCUUUGGGUGUAACAGGCAAUGCCCAGAUAUUUUGUAUAUUGAUGCAACCACAGUAUUUUCCAACUCUUGCUAGACUAGCUUUUUAAAAUCAUUUUGUAAAGUUUAUUUGUUGCCCUUUUUCUUUUUUCACAUUUCAUGAUUACAUGUUUGAUUUUAAAAAAUCUCCUCUUCCAAUAGGUUUUGAAAAUAAAAAAAUGUUGUGGAUGCAUCAGAAAUUGCAAUUGUAGUAUAACUCAUUAAAGAUUUGUGUGCUUUACCUUUUUUAUUUUGCAAUGACCACAUCCACUUUGUACCGGUGCUGUAACUAUUAAAUAUACAUGACUUUAAAUACUAUUUAUUAUUUGUGGGUGACUGUUGUAUGUACAGUAAGAUGCUACAGCAC